CAUAUUUUAAAAUUUUAGUCGGCCAUCGACACAGUUGCCAUCCAAUCGAUAGUUGCUGUCAACACACACUGAGCUAUCGCUAAUAUCGAUUGUACUAUUUCUGGAUCGUAAAUUUUAUUUGGAAUUACUGUGUGCUGUGCAAAACAAAAUGCCUGCGCGACUAAAUUACCAGAUCAUUGCCACGCCUGGCCGAAGGAGCGAAUCAAAAAGCAGAAACUGACCGUUGCGUUUCAGCAGCUGCUUGCGGGAGAACAGAACACAGUUUGGUGGAACCUCGUUAAGUGCUGGAACCUCGCUGAGUGCUGGAACCUCGCUGAGUGCUGGAACCUCGCUGAGUGCUGGAACCUCGCUGAGUGCUGGAACCUCGUUGAGUGCUGGAACCUCGUUGAGUGCUGGAACCUCGCUGAGAGUCGCCACGGCGGCAGGAAACUCGCCGAGAGUCUCCAUGGACACAGGAGGCUCGCCGAGAAGCUCCAUGGACACUGGUGGCUCGCCGAGAAGCUCCGUGCCAGGAAAAAGUUCUCUACAUAUGUUUUGUGCAUUAUCCGAGAGCGAGCGUGUGUAUUAAAAAAUCGCGUGUCUUGUGUUUGUGUGUGUGAAACAGCAGUUAGCAUGAUAACAAGGUUGUGUGCGUUUGCGAAUAAAAAUGGACUCGCCGCCCCGCUGAUAAAUGUGAUGACUAUCGAUGUUAGGCACAAAAUCGGCACCAGCAUGGAAGAAGCGACUACUCCAGCGGAUCAGCGAAAUGUGGAGAUAAAGGCACGGAUUCCUGGCGGCAGCGAGGACUUUGUACGCCGCCUGGACAUCGCCAAGCGGCUGACGGGCAGCCAGGCGGGGGAGCUCAUCGUCCAGCGCGAUGUCUUCUUCGAAUCGCCGCUGGGCGGGCGUCUCAAGCUGCGCUACUUGCAGGCUCCGGCGCGCUCCCAGCUGGUAUACUACAAUCGUCCGGAUGUGGCUGGCCCCAAGCUCUCCUGCUUCAACAAGAUCGAGGUGGACGAGCCGGCUGUGCUGGAGAAGAUUCUGGCCCAGACGAACGGCAUCCAGGGCCAGUUGGCCAAAAAGCGGCAUUUGUUCAUACACGAGCAGACGCGCAUCCACCUGGACGAGGUGCAGGACCUCGGCCACUUCAUGGAGUUCGAGGUCUGCCUGCGACCGGAGCAGACCCUCGAGGAGGGCCAGACCAUUGCCGAGCAGCUGGCAGCGACUUUCGGAAUUCAGAAGGCGGACCUCAUGACCGGCUCCUACUUCGAUGCCCUGCGCAGCGGUCAGUGAAUGCUUCGGCCAUUUAAUUAAAUUGUUAUAAGGUUCAUUUAUUCAGUGAUUCCUUGUUGAAAAAACACACAAAGUAAAACUCAGGUCUGGCCACGGAUAUUUACAAAAGAA